AUGCAGCAGGAAGACUUCAAUUCCCAAUUAUGGCGAAUGGCGGCCAAGUAUGAAGCGCGGUUAGGUGAAAUGGAGCAGAAAUUUGGGCAGAAUAAUUGUCAAAAGAAGGAGAAGAGUCCGGAAAUUGAAGAUAAUCAGCGAGAAGAAGAAGAAGAAGAAGAAGAUCAUGAAGAAGGAGAAGAAGACGGAGUGGAGAAGUUGGCGCUCCUCAACAAGCUCCACAGCCUCACGGCGACGGUGCAGCAGCAGACGCAGACCAUGUUGGCCCAGCAGGCAGCGUUCGCUCUGCAGAAAGGGGAGCUAGAGACGAGGCUUGAAGACGCGCACCACGCGCUGCAGACAGAGAAGAGCAAAGUGGCAGAUGCGGUGCUGGAGCAGCAGGCGGCCAAGGAGAACUAUGAAUUUCUAGAGACCCAGGUGGAGAUUCUGAAGGAUGAGAAGAGCAAGCUGCAGGAGGAGAAGGAGAAGGUGGAGGCCAAAUUGGCAACUCACGCGCAGACGGGCAGCAUCUUGAAGCAGCAGUUGCAGGAGAAGGAGGAGGAGAGGGCGAAGCUAGAGAGUGAAGUUGAAGAACGCGAGUUGAAGCUGCAGUUGGAGCAUGAAGAGAAGAUAGACGCGUUGGUGGGGGAGUUGAGCCAAAGGGUUCGACGGGAGGGUGAGCUGAAGGAGAAGGAGCUGUGUGAGAAGUACGAACAGCAGGUGACCGAAUUGCAGAAGAAGUGUGCAGCUUUGGAGCUGGAACUGAGGAGUGGAAAGGAGAAGACGCUGCAUGAUCAAGAAGUGACUCAAGAGCAGUAUUCCACGAGGAUCCAAGGCCUGGAAAGUCAGUGCGCGGAACUGCAGAAACGGCUCGAAGAUUCUGAGGCUCAGCGAGCUGUUGAAGCGGAAACCGACGCAGCAAAACUCGUGGAGAUGAAAGAGGAACAUGCUGCAGCACUGCGCGACGCUGAAGAUCAUCUGGUUGAGGUUCGUGCGGAGCUGGCGGAUACAAAAUCGAAAGUAAUUGCUGGCGACAAGCAGCGUGAAUCGGAGCUUGCGCAGGCUUUGCAGACUGUUCGUGACCAGGAGGAAGCCCUCGCGAACUCAGCUGAUACGCUACGUGACCGGGAACAUACGUUGGAGGACGUGAGAUCACAACUUCUUGCUGCUGAAGCGAAGCUUUCUCAAGCGGCAAUUGAACACGAAGAGAAUAUCGCGAAGUUGUCGGGCACUCUGGAGGCUAUGCAGCAGGCAAACGACCAACAUGUCCGGGCUCGGCGCGAUCUCGAAAGUAACCUUGCGAUGGUCCAAGGCCAGCUAGCGGAAUCGGAGUCCAAUCGACUGGGUGAAGCUACAAACUACAAAGCCAAACUUGCCGAGGCUUCAAAAUCGGCGGCUGAACUCGAGAAAAAUGCCCGAGCCCUGGCAAUGGAGAAAAAGGCACUUCAGCAGGAAGUCCGUGAAGCUCGUCAGGCCUCGAAGCUCACGACAGAAGAAUUUCUCAGUUGCCAGUCGGCGAUGGAGGAGAAAACGCAGAAGCACUUGCAGUAUCUAAGUCGAGUCCAGGAUCAGUGCGAGUCCCUGGAAACGCAGCUCCUAGCUGCAGAAGAUCACAAGCUUUCGCCCACCGUUGAACCGGCCAAUGCUCCGUACACACUGAAGGCGUUUCACGGUCUCAGCGACAAGGAAAUCCAGGCGCUGCCUCCUUCAAAAGCUUGGGCACUUUUGCGGUCGGGGAUCAGCGAGAUGGAUGGCUUCUUGACGCACUUGCAGACGCUGUUGGGUGCUGUGAGUGAUGCACUGAGCCUGUUUGAGACUCACGCCGACAUUCUCCCUGCUUUGUGUGAGCGUCUUCAAGGCCAAGCAGCAAGUGAGAAGGGACAGUUGCCGAUUUUGACGGUCGCGUUGAGCUUGCUGCGCUUUGCAGUGAUGCUGAAGGUACAGACCAAGCUAGAGGACUCUCCUGUGAAGCAGAAGACUGUGAUUACGUUGCGAAGGCGUGUUCUGAUGGCGUUGGCGCAAUGGUACGAGUGUGACGCUGGAGAUAGUGCGAAUGGGUCCAUGCCGAUCCCCACCUUCACCAUAACCUCCCGGGAAACGGCGCUCAUCCUGCAGAAUUGGACCCGUGAUCGGAAAAAGCAGCUUGGAGUGAGACGGUGGCUGGCGCGAAUGGAGGCUUACCCUGGGGUUCCACCACUGAGGGGUGCGUCAUCAAACCGUGUGCUGGAGCUGCCUCCUGAAGGCUGCACGCUUGAGUUGGAGGAUAUGACGCCCGAGGUGAAAGACGCUUUCCGCCUGCUGUUAAUCCCCAUCCUGAAGCAAAACCGAGCGCUGCACGUCCGAGUGUUCACGCGCUACACUGGCGGCGAUGACGCAUCGAAGAAGCAACAGCGGCAACAAGAUACCGACGAAGAGGUGGAGAAUCCCGAUGAUGCAGCGGAGAAAGUGUGGGCCAUGCGGAUUCACGUCCAGAGCGCCGUCACGCAGCGUCGAUUCAGUGGGAGUAUUCGUCCUGCUCCGCUGAACCUGACACCGAGCCCUCACGGCCCACCCAGUCCUCUAGCGCCUACGUCUCCAGCGUCGUCAGUAUCAUCGUCAACCUCCAGCACUGCGAGCUCGAGACUGCAGAUUAUUCAAGAACGCUUGCAGUACCUGCACCACAACAGUUAA